CCGUUUCACUUUCAGUCGCUUUCGAAUUGUCCGCCAAAUUGGACGCUCCAAGUGCCCGUUGUUUUCGAUCCACCCACGGGAGCAGACUCAAAAACAACAAAAGUUGGGACAAACAACAAGCAGCGCAAAACAACAACUUUCGUCUGGAAAUUAUACGCUGUGACAUUCGCUUAAGCUCACCACACCGAAAAGAUCCUCGCAAAAAGUGCAGAAAAGUGAAGAAAAGUCGAGAGGAAAAACCAAAGCAAAUUCUUAAUUGUCGGGAGGAAGAUUGCAACUGCCACCUAAAUGGGGCAGAGCAGCAAAUCAGGAGCUGGCGGAGGCGGAGGAGGAGGCGUGGUCUGUCCUUCGACGGCGAUCAGUGGCUGUGCCUCCGGAACGGCCCUAAUUCAACUGGAUGCAUCUGGCCAAGGUGCCGGUGGCACCGGAGGGGAAUUGGAACAUGAACGUGGCACUUGGACGGGUCGCUUUGACUUUCUGCUCUCGCUGCUGGGAUAUUCAGUGGGCCUGGGAAAUGUGUGGCGCUUUCCCUACCUGUGCUACAAUAACGGAGGAGGUGCCUUUCUCAUCCCCUUCACCAUAAUGCUGGUGAUUGCCGGACUCCCGCUGAUGUUUAUGGAACUAUCCUUCGGCCAAUAUGCCGCCCUGGGUCCGGUGGCCGUUUAUCGCAGGUUCUGCCCACUCUUCCGGGGAUUGGGCACUGGCAUGAUCCUGGUGUCCGCCAUAGUUAUGCUCUACUACAACCUCAUCAUCGCCUGGACCAUCUUUUACAUGUUCGCCUCCUUCGCUCCGGUGCUUCCGUGGCAGAAUUGCGAACCCGCUUGGAGCACUAAGUAUUGCUUCUCGUAUGCCCAGGCGGAUCAGUGCGAGGCCACCAAUGGCACCUACUACCUGCGCACCUGCCACAAUGCCACCUCCGCGGCGGAGAACAACAUCACCGCCCUGGCCCUCGUCGCUCUCAAGCGCCCGCCCGCCGAGGAGUACUUCAACAACUUUGUGCUGGGCCUGUCCAAGGGCAUCGAGGAGACGGGCAGCAUUAAGCUGUCACUGGCCGCCUGCCUCUUCCUGGCCUGGGCGAUUGUGUUCCUCUGCCUGUGCAAGGGGGUCCAGUCCUCCGGCAAGGUGGUCUACUUCACGGCCCUGUUCCCCUACGUCGUCCUGGUGAUACUCUUCGUCCGGGGUGUCACCCUGCCCGGUGCCAGCACGGGCAUUAUCUUCUAUCUGACGCCCGACUGGAAGCAGCUGGCCAAUGCCCAGGUUUGGGGCGAUGCUGCGGUCCAGAUAUUCUUCGCACUGAGCCCGGCCUGGGGUGGUUUAAUCACGCUCUCGUCCUACAACAAGUUCUCCAACAAUUGCUACAAGGACUCACUGAUCGUGGCCUUCUGCAACAUAGCCACCUCGUUCUUUGCCGGCCUGGUGAUCUUCUCCAUCAUUGGCUUCCUGGCCCACGAACUGAACGUGGAUGUGGAGAAGGUGGUGGAUCAGGGUGCAGGACUGGCCUUCAUCGUCUACCCGGAGGUUGUGACCCGCCUGCCCGUUUCGCCCGUGUGGGCCGUUCUGUUCUUCGUGAUGCUCUUGACCUUGGGACUGGACUCUCAGUUUGCUCUGAUGGAGACCGUCACCACGGCGAUUCUGGAUAGGUUUCCCAACCUGAGGCAAUACAAGAUCUGGGUGGUCCUCUCGGUGGCCAUUUUUGGCUACAUUGGCGGCCUGGGAUUCACCACAAAUAGCGGCAUGUACUGGCUGCAACUGAUGGACAAGUAUGCCGCCAACUGGUCGGUUCUGCUGAUUGCCAUUUCGGAGUGCAUUCUGAUUGCCUGGAUCUACGGCUCUCAGCGGUUCCUCAAUGACAUCCAAGGCAUGAUUGGCAAGCGUUCCUGGUUCUGGAACUUUUUCUGGGGCAUCAUGUGGCGUUAUAUCACCCCAGCCACUCUUCUAUUCAUUUUGUUCUUCAACUGGGUGGAAUACAAGCCGGCCAAGUAUGGACACUAUGUGUACCCCAUGUGGGCGGAUGCCGUGGGCUGGAUCGUUGGCCUGCUGCCCGUCCUGGUCAUCUUCCUGGUGGCCUUUCAGGAGAUCUGGCGGGCGCCCAAGAACCUCAACUUCGCGGAGCGCAUCAAGCACCUGCUGCAGCCCACCGCCGAGUGGGGACCAGCGGGCAGACCCUGUGUCAAUCUGCACGCCGAGCGCUACCAGAGCCAGAACUACGACGGAGUAACCAACACACAGAUCCUCAUCGAUGACGAUCCCUCGCCCAAACAGAAGUCGAACAAGAAGGAGAACCAAUUGUCGCUCGAUGUGGAAGUGGAUGUCGAGUGCCUGCCACUUGCCACCGUUGGCAAGCGGCCAGGACCCGGCAAAACAAUGGGCAAACAGAGCAGCAGCAGCAGCAGCAAUCUACAGACAACUGCCAAGAAUGGCACUCACAAGUCGCCAACCGAAGUCAGUCCCAGCAAGCAGCCACUUAUUCCGGCUGAAAAGGAAAGUAAAUCGGCCACCACAAAAGUCCUGGCUGCUGGAACGCUGAGCAGUGGACGCGAGUGCACCACAAUGUCCACUUUUGCGGGUGGCGGGGAAAAGAAUCCCACGAAAGUCAAUUCGACGGCAGUAGCACCCACUGCUGCAGCUACAAUGGCAACCAGCAACACAACGACAUCUGCGGCUGCCACUAAAACAACGCCGCCAGUUAGUAUUGCUCCUACAACAGCAACAGUUGCUGUGGGCAAAGCGAAUGUUGCCGCUCCAGUGAAAUUGGAUAAAAUGGCUCCAGCCAAAACGACAAUAUCAGCAAAUGUUGCUGCUGCGGUGGGUGCCAGUGCCAUCAAAACAUCAACGCCAGCAAGUGUUGCAACUACAACUUUGGUCAGUAUCUCGACAGGAGCAGCAAAUGCUGCUGGUGCCAAUGGCAAAUCAACAGUUGCUGCUGGCAAAACGACGUCAGCUGCACUUAAUGCUAAUUUUGCAGCUUCAGUUCAAGUAAUGCAAUCGGAUAAAAUGGCAGCUAGUGUUCCAACUACAACUUUGGUGGCGACAGGAGCAACAGUUGCUGCUGGGGCCAAUGGAAAAGCAGCAAUUGCUGCGGGAACGACAAAUCUUGCUAAUGCUGCAGAGCCAGUUAAAGUAUUGCAAUUGGAUAAAACGGCUCCACUUAAAACGACAAUAUCAUCAGCUGUUGGCGUUACAGCUGCAGCCAAAGACACGAUAGUCGGCAAUGUUGCCGCUGUAAACACAACGCAAGCAGUAAAACUCACGCCAGCAGCAACUGUUGCUGCUGCGAUGCCGGCCAAGUCCACAGCAUCGGUGUCGAGAGCAAAUAUUGACUCUGGCAGCAAGCCAACGGCUCCUCUAUCCACUUUUAAGUCGGAAGGCAAGCCGGCAACAUCAGCAAAAGUUAAUACAAGUGUGACAAACGGCAAAGUCAACCCAAGUGCCGGAGACUCGGCAACGGCUAUAAAUAUCACAGCAAUUGCACAGCCAGCUGUUAACCAAAAGCAGACAACGGCAGCAACAUCAAAGCCGCAAGCAACGCCUUCGAAAACUGCCACGAAUACAAAGCCGAUGGCGACUUCAGCUGGAAGUGGAAAGGUGGUCGCAUCGGACGACAUGUCCAGCAACAGGACAGCAAGUAAUCCAACGGCAGUUAAGGGCCCGGCGAGCAGCAAUAUGUCGGCAAAGUCGGCGAAAGCUGGCAAAACAAAACAGAACGAAACUAGCCCUACAAAGUCAACAGUGAAUCCCAUAAAAUCCGGCUCAACCAGCCCCACAAAAGCUGCAACAUCUGCAGCUGGUGCACUGAAAUCAGGAGCAACUGCAGCCAAGACAGCAGCAACAUCCGCUGCAGACAGCGGCAAGAAGCCGGCUGCAUCGACAGCAGCCACAUCUGGCAGCCAGGCCAAAACGAAAGGCAAUUCAUCAGCAGCAACUAAGAAGAAAUAAGAGCUAAACCCUCGAGCAUCACAGGUAGGAUCUAUUUGGGUCAAGGCAAAACGGUUGAACGCAUAGUUCCCAAUAUCGAAAACUAUUUUUAUAAGUAUAUAUAUAUAUAAAUAUAAAUGUGUAUGUGUGUAUCUAACGAGCUAAGCAACCCACUUAAACCGUAAAUGUAAAGAGUUUAAUUAGGCAAUUAUGUAAACGGACACAAAGUAAAAUCAAAUAUUUUAUAGACAUUUAAUUUGGAUUGGCCGGAAGUGAGAGAGAGAGAGAGAGAGGCAGAACGAACCUUCAUGUUUCCUAUGCGAAAGUACCUAUUUAUCAGUCAUCACUGUGGGAUAGCUGUUCCUUAGUACCUAAUUUCCGAUUGAUGAUGACUGCAGGACGGUGGCGAUGGCGGAAAGACUCGAUUGUAAUAACCGAACAAGUUAACGUAGGAUUUAGGUCAGGAUUGUUGUUGUAUGUUUCGUUUCGUGUGUGUAUAUCCCCUUGGAUGCCCAGCCGUUGGGCGCCAAGUAAUUCGAGAGCAAUGUUAAAAGUGCAAUGGAAACCGUUGAGUUUUAAAAAUAUAUAAAUUUAUAUACAAAUAUACAAAGGUUACAACUAAUCAAUUUAUACAAAUGAGAAAUCAUUUGAUUGGUUUUUUUUACUGCAAAUAUUCUUAAGACUACUUUGGAGGGACAGAAAAUAAUGGAAGGCGGAGGUGUUAUUCCGUUUAUAAGUGCGAACAUUUGUUUAUAGAUCUGUAUACAUCACCCGGAAAAAAAGAAAACCUUAAUCUGUAAUUGUAAAGUGUAUGUGCUCACUGUACUAUAUGUUUUCUGUGCUAACGAGAGACUCAUGUACCUAAAUGUUAAUCAAGUUGCAUCAAAUCCCUAUUUGUGUGCAUUUGUAUAGUUAAGACAAAAUAUUUAGAAAUGUUUUAUGUGUAUGGAGUAGAUGGAAACUAAGCCAAAUAAGUUAAAAAUGCUCACGAGAAAACAAGAAAAAAAAAAAACAAAAAUUACAAGUACAUUUCUAGAAUUUAUAUAACCAUUGUUGUGUAUUCAUGUUGAGAAUAAAUUAUAUAAAUAUAUUGAAAUAUACAAAAAUAGAAAAAAUAUAAUAUUCGUAGAUAUUUAUAUGUGUUUGUACCUGUAGUUAGUUGGAAGAAUUAAUAUACCACUCAUUCAGAAAUGAUUUUGCUUUUCACUUAAUUUUGAUAUUACAUUAUGGCAAAUUGGAAACCACAACUUUUAAUUCAACCCCUGAAAAUGUGUGAUAAAUAAUUUGCUCCGGCUUAAAGUAAUUUUCAAUUUGUGUCAAACAUACUUUAGGCGUAAGAGGAAAAUUGAAAACAGGAAUAUAUAUUAAUAUGCGAAUUGAAAUUGUUGUAAUUUGAGUUUGUUGUUGUUGAUUGUUUAGCGCAGUAGCUGUGACACAAGCCUACAUACAUACAUAUGUACCUAGAACCUAGAACCUUAAAUCAGACAUAUAACGAUAUCUAUGUAUAUGGAAUAAUGAAUGAAAUAGGCCAUCGAUGUUGCAUGUUUGUUAGUUGAACUGGAUGUGUACCUGUAAAAUGAAAAUUGCAACGUAAUCUAGGCGGAAUUAUCAAAUAAAUUAAGAUAAGGAAAUAUGUAAUGGCUGUUCGGAAAGAUAAAAAUAAUAACGUAAGCAUUUCCACAUAAAUGUUAAUGUAAUGCCGCAAUUUGCUCAAAGCUAACUUAAGUCAAAACUUAAGCUGUCAAUUCCGACAAAAUAUAACAUGUUACUCAAUUGGCGUAUAAAAUAGUGAAGUAAGAAGAGUUUACUUUAAACAUUGAACAGAGGAGCUUCAAAUUUUAUAUGAAAUUUUGGGACGCCAACGGAACAGAUCAAAAGGUUUAAAUCAAACUCGAAAACUCUAGGCAAAGUUAUUAAAUAAUUGCAAUUCAUAUCCCAGUAAACCGACAACCAAAAUAUUCUUGAAUUAAAACCCAUCAACCGGAAAACCCACCAGCUCAAUGUAAACAUUUAUAAUAUGCAUGAUCAACAAUAAGAAAAGAUAAGAUAUAUAAAACAAGUCAAAUGUAUUUAAGCAGAAAAUCUAUUCGAUGUAUGCAUUUUAAGAGAAUAAACAUUUAAGAGUAGAUAACUGAACUAACAACUAAAUAAAAGCAAAGAGCACGUUUAGUAAAUUUCUAAUCCGUUACCACAAAUCCUUCGUUAAAUUUCUGUUACUUCAUUUCAAUAAAUCAAAAGUUAUUUGCAGGGUUAUGUAAUCAAAAAAGUUACUUUUAGACGGAAUUGAACGGCUACACAGCAAUUUAUUGGAGAAAUGCAAAAUCAAAAAAUCUCAGCUCCUUUCCUUUAAAGAAAACCAAAUUGAAAAGCUCAAACCGGGGGCUAACUAUAAAAAUAUCUUACUUAAAUAGUUGUGUAACAUUUUUGCUGUUCUGGUAAUCAAAGGUAUAUGUUAUAUCAAAUUAAAUGUGUAAGCAAAUAUUACACAUAUUCCACAGAUGCCAAUAACUAAACGAUUAAUCAUAAAUAAUUAUGUUAAAAAUGUAACAUUAAGCGAAGAAAAACAAUAUUCAUGAAUAAAUAUUUAUGGGUUUUAACAAAAAAAAAAAACAAGUUAUUGUUGAUUGUUUU